AUGGACAGAGUCACCAGGCACCUGGUCUUCCAGCUCCCGCAGACCAGGCACGACUAUAACGAUGCUCACCAACCUGGCUCGCUUGCAGAGCAGAGGGUCGACAGCAACGAUGAUGUGUUUGGCUCCGCUCAACCCAGCAGCCAAAGGGUGGAAAACUGCUACAGCUGGAAAAUGAGGUCAAAUGCACCCUCAUAUUUCCUAGAUGGUGGAAAAGAUGUCUGGACCCCGUCCCCGGACAGGGAGUCUAAGCUGGAGGUGGUGAGGUCGGGAAGCCUGUACGACCUCAGGGCUUACAGAGGCGAGCGGAAACCCUCGAAGCUUUACGAUGAGGACGAGCAGGAAGAGUGCAGGGUCCCUCCACCAAACAUCUCACCCGAGAAAGCCAGGGAGCUUGAGGACGAGAGGAGGGAGGUCAUCCGGAGCCAGGUGAUGAGGAAGAGCUCCACCAUGGCCGAGAGGUGGAGCUCCAUGGAUGAGCUGAGCUCCAUAAACACUGGUACAGGCAGCCAGGGUGAAGGCAGGCACACGGGCAGCUUCACCACCAGCUUUGCCAUUUGCUUUGACAAGCCUUCCCCAGGGAGGGCAGCAAUGCCUGUUGACCCUGACAACAUCGACACGGAGCAGAUCAACUUCUCUGCUGCUCGGCAGCAGUUCCUGAUGCUGGAGAAGACCAACCCGGGCUCUUUUUUCAGCCCAGGGCAACAGACCAUGUCUCCAAAGCCAGAGUCAAUGACAAAAGUCUCUAAACAAGAGUGGCAUAGUCCUGAGAUGGCCACGAAGGCUGUGAAAGGUUACGGUAAUGCCGGUGCCCCCAGCCAGAGCAGGACGGACAAGACCGUUUAUCAAGUCUAUAGUGUGUCCUACAAGACACCGGUGAAGGAGGACGCUUAUGCUUCCAGAAGGGCUGACACUGAAAGGUCAUAUCCCACCGGGAAAACGUCCAGCUUGACUAAAGCACCUUCCCGAGAGGACCUGGACUCCGGCUUGGGUGAGAUGUAUAACGAAGCCAACGCAGGCUACGCCAGCGAUGGAAGCGCAUCCAACGAGAUCUUCAACGGCCUUGUGGAUCUGAGGGCCAGCAGCAAUGGCCUGGACAGGGAGACGAAGACCAGCAACGAGACGCCCAUCGAGCGGGAGAUCCGCAUGGCGAUGGAGAGGGAGGAGAACCUCUGGAAGGAGAGGGGGAUCCAGCGGCUGACCUCCGGCAGCGAGCUGGUGGAGAUCCAGACCAAGCCGCUCCUCUCCAUGCAUGCCUCUCCCGGCCCGGGCAGGAAAGGGAAGGACAAAGGCCGCGCUUCCCUUUACGUCCAGAGGGAAAUCGAGCAGGAAACCAAGCGCGAGGAAGAUCUGAAGAGGCAAGGGAGGCUGCUGGGGAUGUAUGACAGGGGGACGCAGCAAGAGCUGGACGAGCGCAGGAGGGUGUUCGAGCAGGAGGAAGCCCCCCCGCAGAAGCCCACCCCCACAAGGAAGGUGUCCCAGCGCGCUUCCGCCAGCGCCAGCAAAUGGGGGCGUGAGGAUUCCUGGGGAGGAAGGCUUCCCGGCUCCACCCUGAGUCCCGUCGGCUCGGCCGUCCUGCCCAGAGAGUACUUCUCCUUCUCCUUCUGGAAGCCCAAGGUCUCCUUCGUGGACGACAUGGGGACGCAGAGCCCGCUGAGGAGGGAGGACGGCCGGGAGGAGCAGUACAAGCUGAGGACCUGGAAGCCCCAGACGUCGGCGCUGAUCGAGGAGGAGAUCCGGAGCGGCUUGCCGAGGGAAGAGGAGCUGAUCGCCUCCUUCACCCCGCUGAGAGUGGUCGGUCCCUCCCAGGGCAGCACUGAGACCCUCACCCCUGACUCGGCUCGUUCCAGCCCCUUCGAGGAGCGGAGGAGGAGGGUGAAGGAGGAUGGAAAGUACGCCGGCAUCGAACCCGUUGACAAGAUCAACACGGAG